AUGUAUGAAGAAAGUGAGGAAGAAGUCACCGACAUUGAACAAGCUGAAAACUGGUUUUCAUUGACGUCUGCCCAACGCAUUUGUGACAUGUUUCUUGCACUCGAUAAAGAUAUGAAUGGAACAUUGAGCAAGCAGGAACUUCGAGAAUAUGUUGAUGGGACUCUGACAGAUAUUUUUAUUGAGAGGGCAUUUGAUGAGCAUGUCCGUCAUGGCAAAACUGGAGGAGGUAAUGCUCGGGAGAUGGAUUUUGAAAGCUGUCUAGACUUUGUUCUGGCCCUAGAAAACAAAGACACUCCAGAGGGUUUAACUUAUUUGUUUCAGUGUCUUGAUCUCCAUGGAAGAGGAUACCUCACAACAGCUAAUAUUCACACACUUUUCAGAGAUGUACACCAGAAAUGGAUUGAAGGAGGGAACUAUGAGCUUUGUAUUGAGGACGUAAGAGAUUGGGACAUGGUGAAACCAUCUGACCCUCUACGGAUCACUCUGGCUGUGAUCACUGCUGCUCUGCGAUGGUCAAUGUGAUUCAAGCAUAUCGGACACGAUUUGCCUCGAAUUGCUGGUUCGAUUCGCUUCGAUAGAAAUCUUUGAGGACUGGUUGUAGAUGUAUGCGUAUGUAGCGGCGAUCUUCGUGAAGACGAAGACGAAGACAAAGACUCCAUUGAUUGACACUAUGUUUUGGAUUGAGUGAUUUGGAAAUGAAAAAUGAAACGAAACGAAGAGAUACGUAUUUUUUUUAAUUGUUUGGGUAAUUUAAGUGGGGACGAAAGAGGGAAAAGGGGAGAAGUUUUAUUUUUC